CGCCAAAUUGAAUUCUCUCACCUAACCGCUAUUCUAGUGUCAGAUAAAAGAAAGCGGCUUCUCAUUCAAAUAAGUCUCUUCGCUUCACUUCAAUCCGUUAAUAUCGCUUCAAUACUAUUGUCCGCGCAAUCAAUAGACACGCUAUUGAUAUCACUUUUUGGAAAGACUUGCGGAUUGGGUAUAUAUCCUCAGAAUGGUUUCUACUGUGUAGAUACACAAGGCGACUAUAAUAGUCCGUUUGGAACGAAUUAUAUGGUCGCAACUUUAGGGUUCGUUAUUACUCUGGUCAUGGUUGUACCUUUGGGUAUUUUUUCUCUAGCAGAUAAUAUCAAAAUUCAAAUAGCCUCAUUCCUUGGAUUAAUAUCCAUACUUGCUGCUUGGUUCAUUACAUUUUUCAAGCAUGGCUUAACUACUUCAUAUGUUCCAGUAAUCGGUGAAAAUAUGAGUCAAGUUAUUGGAACCGUUCUAUUUAAUUAUGCCUUUAUUGUAACUGUUCCAAGUUGGGUUAAUGAUUUAAAUCCUAAAGUUCUAAUACGAAGAUCCGUUUUUUGUUCCACAUUAAUUUCGACUUCAAUUUACAUUUUACUUGGACUCAUUGGUGGAAUGGCAUUUCAAAUAGAUCAAAACUCUGAUAUUAUCACUGUUAUUAAUAACUCGGAUCAAAAAAACUGGUUGACCAUUGCCAGCUUGGCAACAUUUCUUGCAUCAGUACUGCCUUGGAUCGUUGUGAUGCCAUUUCAAACUGGACGCUGGCUCAACGAAUUUGUAAACUGGACAAAUUUAUUUUUUACAAGUGUAAGCAACUUUAUUGUUCCGUUCUAUCUAUAUUAUUUAAGUCAGAAGCCAAAUGUUGCCGUAAAAGCAGACAUAAAAUUGCUAAAAAUCGAAGCCACCACUAAACGAAAAGCUUCGGUAAAGAGCAACAAAAGUGAUAAAAGCUUUAGAUCUAUCAAAGACUGGUUAAACGCACAAGUAAUAGCUAAAGAGAGAUUACGAGACAGAACUGAUGCGGCUAUUGGAAUCCUAUGUGACAAUGAAGAUAAUGACUUUCUGACACCAGAUACACCAAACAGUAUAAACUUGUCUUUCAAUGGUGAUCAACUUCAAAUACCAGCACGUCGAAUAGUAUCUGCACCACCACCAGCAAAAUCGAAAUCUGAAUCGCUCGAUGUAGAAAACCACAGCCGCCCUGCUGCGCUCAGUCUUCAAAUGCCACCUUCACUUAUACAUCGUUCAUCAUUAAGUCGUCGUGCAUCACCUCCAAGUUUAGAAUAUAAUCCACAAACAAUCAACAUACCCACAAUUACGGUACAAGAUGAAACUAACAGCCAAGAUAUUAUCGUUGAAUUAGAAGGAUCUCACUCGGUGUCACGUUCUGGAUCACAUUCCGGAUCACAUUCUGGAUCUGGUAAAGGUCAAAGUGAAAAAAGUGAUUCAGUAAUAUUCGAUACAUCGCAGGAACGGUUUAAAGCUUUCCCAAUACCAAAUAAAAUGCGAAUAUGGAUUGCACAUGUUUGUAUAUCAGGAUCACUUUUAUUGGUGAUCUCAGUUAUCUUGUAUGAUAUAAUUGAAUUGGGACUUGGGAAUAAUGUUUUCAAUUGA